CCAACUAGAGAAAGAAAGCAAUUGAGCAAUCAUAGUUAGCUCAAAAAUGGGAGAGGAAAGACAUUCACCACUGUUUGAGACAACGAAGGCAAAGGGAAAAGUAUUCUAUAGGUUUUCUGCAGUGUCAGUAUCUGUUGGUAUAUGUUUGAUUUGGGUUUAUAGAGUGACUCACAUACCAAAAGCUGGAGAAGAUGGAAGAUUUGGCUGGAUGUUGUUGUUCGCCGCUGAGUUAUGGUUCAGUUUUUACUGGUUCAUCACUCAAGCGCUUCGUUGGAGCCGCACCUACAGGCAUACCUUCAAGGACAGACUCUCCGAAAGAUAUGAGAAUGAGUUGCCGGGGGUGGACAUAUUCGUGUGCACCGCGGAUCCGAUCAUAGAGCCGCCGAUGAUGGUGAUGAACACUGUUCUAUCGGUCAUGUCUUAUGACUAUCCGCCGGAGAAGCUCAGCGUGUAUCUCUCUGACGAUGGAGGCUCAGAAUUUACGUACUAUGCUUUUCUGGAAGCUGCUGAGUUUGCCAAGUAUUGGAUACCCUAUUGCAAGGAGUACAGUAUGGAGCCGAGAUCACCAUUUGCUUAUUUUGUCUCGAUAGAUUCUGAUGCAGUUGAUGAUGAAAGCCAGAAUCAGAAAAAGGCUGCUGAUUUAGCGCUCAUUAAGAAACUAUACGAGGGCAUGGCAACGAAAGUUGAAAAUGCAGUGAAGCUAGGUCGGAUUCCGGAAGAAGUAAGAUCAAAACAUAAAGGUUUUUCUCAGUGGGACUCAUACUCUUCAAAACGUGACCAUGACACCAUUCUUCAAAUAGUAAUUGACGGGAGAGACCCAAAUGCAAGAGAUGUUGAAGGGUGUGUGUUGCCAACUUUGGUGUAUUUGGCUCGGGAGAAGAGACCCCAGAUUCACCAUAACUUCAAAGCUGGUGCUAUGAAUGCUCUGAUUAGGGUAUCGUCAAAUAUUAGCAAUGGGAAGUUACUUCUUAAUGUAGACUGUGACAUGUAUUCAAACAACUCCAAGGCCAUAAGGGAUGCACUCUGCUUCUUGAUGGAUGAAGAACAAGGCCAUGAGAUUGCUUACGUACAGUUCCCCCAGAAUUUCGAUAACCUUACUAAGAAUGAAUUAUACGCUUCAUUGCGAGUAAUUACCGAGGUGGAAUUUCAUGGUCUGGAUACUUAUUGGGGGAUGCCAUAUAUUGGAACCGGAUGCUUCCACAGAAGAGACACUCUUUCUGGGAAGAAAUUCAGCAAGGUGAAUAAGAGUGAGAUGAAAUGGGAGGAUAACAAAAGAGAGUACAUUGGCAUUCAUGAAUUAGAACAAAGUUCAAAGAGACUUGCGAGUUGUACAUUUGAGGAGAACACACAAUGGGGAAAAGAGAUGGGUUUGAAAUAUGGGUGUACAGUUGAGGAUGUGAUAACAGGACUAUCAAUCCAAUGCCGAGGAUGGAAAUCAGUGAAUUACAAUCCAACAAGGAAAGCUUUCUUAGGAUUAGCUCCUACCACCUUGCUUCAGGCACUUGUGAUGUAUAAGAGAUGGGCGGAAGGCAACCUUCAGAUUACGCUUUCUAAGGACAAUGUUGUAUGGUGUGGCCAUAGAAAGCUUAGUUUAGGCCAUAAACUGGGAUACCUUCGCUUCAAUUUAUGGGCUGCUAAUUGCUGGGCAACACUAAUAUACGCCACCCUUCCUUCACUUUACCUUCUUAGAGGCACGUCCUUAUUUCCCCAGAUUUCCAGCAGAUGGAUCAUACCAUUUGCAUAUGUGAUAAUUGCUAAGCACAUUGGGAGCUUCGUGGAGUAUCGGUGGUGUGGAGGCACUAGCUUAGGUUGGUGGAACGACCAACGUAUAUGGCUUUACCAGAGAACAUCGUCAUACCUAUUUGCCUUCAUCGACACUAUUGUACACUACCUCGGAUACAGAAAUUCAGCAUUUGUAAUAACAGCCAAGGUUGCCGAUGAAGACGUGUCCGAACGAUAUGAGAAAGAGAUCAUGGAAUUUGGGAGCUCGUCUCCGAUGUUUACAGUGCUGGCAACACUUGCAUUGCUCAAUCUGUACUGCUUUGCUUGGGUUGUGAAGGCAGCAAUUACUGGAAUGAAUGGUUUUGCAGACGUUUAUGAGACAAUGUGCUUGCAGAUUCUCCUAUGUGUGGUUUUCAUUGCCAUUAACCUACCGUUAUACGAAGCUGAUAGGCGCAAAAAAGCCCUAUACCUAAGGAAGGACAAGGGCAAGCUGCCGAGCUCUGUAGCAUUGAAAGGGGAAAGAGAGAAGAAAUUUGGUGGUGGUUUUGUGGAGAAUGGUGGCCAGAGUCGGCCGGGCAGCAUCGGAGAAGACGGCCGAGGACGGAGAGCUUCUCAGCUCUCGUUGUACGCGAGAGAGGAGUGCUUGACCCGACUUGGGUCAUUUGACCUUGGUUGGGUUUUCAAAGAAGGAAUCAAUGGUCAGGAUUAA